AUGGCGAAGGGAAAAGUCUGCUUGGCCUACAGUGGCGGGUUGGACACGAGCUGUAUUCUGAAGUGGCUGCUCGAGGAUGGCUAUGAGGUCGUCUGCUUUCUCGCCAACGUUGGACAAGAAGAGGAUUGGGCUGCUGUCGAGAAGAAGGCCCUCACAAUUGGCGCAACCAAGAUGGUGAUUGAGGAUUUGCAGAAGGAGUUUGUAGAAGAGUUGUGCUUUAGGGCCGUGCAGUGCAACGCUCAAUACGAAGGAAGAUACCUGCUCGGCACGUCUCUUGCACGUCCGGUGAUUGCACGAUCUCUCAUGCGAGUGGCACAGCGUGAAGGCUGCGACUCCGUCAGCCAUGGUGCUACCGCCAAGGGCAACGACCAACUUCGCUUCGAGUUCGCCUUCUACGCAAUCCAGCCGUCCAUCAAGAUCAUCGCUCCGUGGAGAGACCCCAAAUUCUUCAAUCGAUUUCAGGGCCGGAACGAUCUGCUCGACUAUGCUGCAGCGAACAAUCUACCGGUCACAUCGACGAAAGCGAAGCCAUGGUCAAUGGACGCCAAUCUCGCCCACUGCAGCUACGAAGCCGGCAUUUUGGAAGACCCGAACCAGGAGCCUCCAAGUGACAUGUGGACCAUGACCGAAGAUCCGCUGAAAGCUCCCAACGAGCCAACCAACAUCACCAUCAGCUUCGAAAAGGGUGUCCCGACCAAGGUCGUCACGCCACAGGGAACGUUCACAGAUUCUGUGCAGCUUUUCAAGGAGCUGAACCGUGUCGGAAAAGUCCAUGGUAUCGGCAGAAUUGACAUUGUUGAGAACAGGUUCAUCGGUUUGAAGUCUCGCGGAUGUUACGACUCCCCAGCUAUGACCAUUCUUCGCCUCGCGCAUCUUGAUCUCGAGGGGUUGGUUCUCGAUGGACAAGUUAGGGCUCUUCGGGAUCAGUUUGUCACGCACAACUGGAGUAAUUAUCUCUACAACGGAAUGUAUUUCUCACCUGAGCGUACCUUUGUGGAGAAUUCCCUGAUCUUCAGCCAACAGAACGUGAACGGCGAGGUCCGCUUGAGCUGCUUCAAGGGCAAUGCAUACGUCCUCGGCCGCACAAGCAGCAGCGAGAAGCUGUAUUCCAUGGAGGAGGCAUCGAUGGACUCGUUGGAGAACUUCAGCCCCGAGGACACCACUGGGUUCAUCAAGAUCCAGACCAUCAGACUGAAGAAGUAUGCGGACGAUUGGGCAGAGCAACAGUGA